AUGAAGAGGCCAAACAGCGCUAAGCAGGGCGGACUCCAGCCGGGCGUGGAGCGCUCGCCGCAGGCUCCGCCCGCCCGCACAGCCCCGCCCUGCGGCCGAGCACUGGUGCCAGCGGCUCCAACCGCAGUUCCUGCGUCCCGGGCGGCAGGGCCAGGCGCGGCUCCCGGACGAGUGACCAACACCGAGCGGGACAGCCGCAGGCGGGCGGGCGGGGCCGGGAGCUCCGGGACCGUCACCCCGGAGGGCGCCGCACGAGGCGGAGGGGUCGUCGCGCCUCCGACCCGGCCGCAAGGCGGCGCCACGGUCCGGCAGCGCUCGGGGCGGAGUCUGGGGUGCGCGGCCAGCCGACCGCGCUCGCGGAGGAGGAGGGUCCCCGCCGGUCCCGCCUCCGGGCGCGGCGCGCGCGGUCCCCGGGCCUGUGGAUCCGCGGCCGGGCGCUCAGGCCCUGCCGCCGGGGGUCGCCAGAGAGCCGCCGCCCCACGCAUGCCCGCCCCGGAGCCCCGAGAGCUCAGCGCCAGGCCCCGGAAGAUCGUGUUUGCCGACGAGCUGCGCCCCCGGGCGCCACUGCACCCGGAGAAGCGAGUCAGAGAUCUGGGACUCCGCCCCAACCCAGUGCCCGACUACAAACUUAAGUACCCACCAGUGGCCAGCAGGAAGGACCGGAGCCGCUAUGCCGCAGUGUUCCAGGACCAGUACGGAGAGUUCGCGGAGCUCCAGCGGGAGGUGGGGGCCACGCAGGCUAAGCUCCAGCAACUGGAGGCCCUGCUGCUGUCACUGCCCGCGCCGCGAAGCCAGAAGGAGCUUCGCAUGGCAGCUCGUGUCAGGAGAGAGUUUGAGAAGAAGCGGGUGGAUCCUGGCUUCCUGGAUAAGCAGGCUCGCUGUAACUACCUGAAGGGUAAACUGAGGCACCUCAAGGCCCAGAUCCGCAAAUUUGAUGACCAACGGGACAGCGACAGUGAAGCCUCCGUGUACUUCUGAGUGUCCUGGAGAUGGUGGCCAGCUCCUCCUCCCAUAGGGAACCACACCAGUUCUUCCAGGGGAAGCAAAUCCUGUUGAGAAUCCCAGAGAAUUAAACAUGGAUUAGACACCUA